UGUUUUAAAAAAAUUAACAGAGCGGUGGUGUUAUAUUGGAGGUGUUAAGUGUUUGGGCUCCCGCUGUUCCUUCUGAGUGAGUUUCACCGCGAACUUGCGGUUUCAUUGCGCUUCUGGGCAUGUUUUGGGUGCUUUUAUUCUGAAAUGCUCGCAGCGGAAAAUGCUGUUGCUACGAGGAAGAUAACACGGCGUGCCUUCUGCUGCUUCACCGGACGAUUUGAAACACGUUGAGCUCAAACUGAGGAUGACUGACUCGUCGCUUCUCAACUCCGAGCUGGAGUUACAGCAACAAGAGGAACUCUACCAGCAGCUGCUGUUCCAGACGAGGGGAAAGCUUCAGGCAGAAACUCCAGAUUCCACACUAAUCCGGCCUCAACCAGGUCUGUGUGUGAAGACGUUCUCGGAGCCGAACAAGCAGAAGGUUUUCAUAAACAUCUGCCAGUCGACUUCCGUCCCGCCCCCGCCUGAGCUCUCCCGAGAGGAGCUUGUGCUGCUGCUCCAGUCGGAGGAUCCCAGCGGCUACAGAGUUCCGAUGAGCCUGGGCGAGCCGCACGCAGAAACAGACAACAACUCUCAGGGUUGCACAGCCUACGACGUCGUCAUCAACCAGGACUUCUUCCAGAAGAGUCAGAAGGAUCCUCUGUUCCAGCAGUUUGUUAUCUUGGUGUCUGUGGAGGGCCUGGAGAAUAAAUACAGUCUGGAGCUGAACAGAGACUGGAAAGUGCUGAAGAACAGAAAAUUCCUGGGCUCUGUCAGUGAGCAGAACAUCCGGACGAAGAGCAGGCCGGUGAUCCAGGAACUGCAGCCUCAGGAAAACGCCCCAGCAUGUGUUAAAAGACCAGAAUGCUCGCUGGUGGUGGAGCCCCCUACUGGACACCCGGAGUACCUCAUUGCAGAGAUAAAGCUCCCUGGAGUGUCAUCUUCUCGCUCUCUGGUUCUGGACGUCGGAGAGGACCGGCUGGUGCUGACGGCGCGACCGUCGCUCUACCACCUCGACAUCUUCCACCCGUUCUUGGUUGACCAGCAGAACAGUGUGGCGCAGUACAACAAGAGCACACAGAUUCUCACUGUCACCAUGCCGGUGGGCUCAUCAGCGCCAUGAAGCUGCUGAAGGAUCUUAUUUAUUUUUUCCUACACAAAAAAAAUGCUGUGACAAUUAAAGUUUGUUUUUUUGUU